AUGCCUGGGACUCUCUCUCCUCCCGCGCCUCUCUCUGUCGCCAUCAUCGGCUCUGGAUUGGGCGGUCUCUCUGCAGCCAUCUCUCUCCGUCGCGCCGGCCACAGCGUGACCCUGUAUGAGCGCUACGACUUUGGCGGCGAAGUUGGCGCGUCUCUGUCUGUAGCCUCCAAUGGCUCGCGCUUCCUGGAGGAGUGGGAGAUCGAUAUCCCCGCUGCGAAGCCCGUCAUCCUCAAGAAUCUGAUCCGUCACGACUGGAAGACGGGCGAGGUGUUUGGAACAUACCCGCUGGGAGACUACCGCGCGCGCUUCGGCACCGACUACAACAACUUCCACCGGAUUGACCUGCACAACCACCUCAAACAAGUCGCCAUGUCGGAGAGCGGCAAAGGACAGCCCGCAGAGCUAAAGACGUGGCACAAGGCCGUGGAGGUAGACCCCGAAACCGGCUAUAUCAAGUUCGAGAACGGCAACGAAGCGACCCACGAUGUCAUUAUCUGCGCUGACGGGAUCCGGAGUGUAAUGCGUGAGCAGUUGGGUGUCAUCCCACAGUUUGUUCCCAGCACGUCCUGCUGCUACCGCUGCAUCAUCCACGCAGACAAACUCCGCGAACUCGGCCUCGAGGAAUUCCUAAACAACGAAGCCAUCGAGUUCUGGGGUGGCUUCGGGAUCGACAAGAUCGUCCUGUCAUCAUGCAGCGACAACAACGUCGUGUCCUGCUAUUGCUUCUACCCAGCGUCCAAGAACGACCUGAAGGAUGACGGGUGGAACAUCGCCACCACCGGAGAGAACCUGGUCGCGACCUUUCCCGACCUCGACGAGAAGCUCAAGACGCUCUUCCUCAACGCCGACGACAUCAAGAUGUGGCGGCUGUACAACCACGAGCCAUACCCGUACUGGGUCAAGGGCCGAUGCGCCCUCCUGGGAGACGCCGCCCACCCGAUGAUGCCCGACCAGAGCCAAGGCGCGUGCAUGGCCAUCGAGGAUGCUGGCGCAUUGGGUAUCCUCUUCUCUGAAAAGUACGCCGACUUGGACGUUGAGCAACGCCUGAAGCUGUACGAGAUGGAGCGGAAGCCACGCGCGACGAGGCUGCAGGCGUCAAGCAAGCGGGCGCGUGAAGAUCUUGACGAGAGGAUUGGCUGGUCUAGUAAGAAAGACAGCCCGGGGAAGUUGACGAUUGAGGAGGUGUGCGGUUAUGACAUGCAUGUACAUGUGGCGGAGUUGGUUAACGAGCUCAAGCAACAAGCGCAAGCAACAAGCUCAAGUUCCUAG